AUGCUGGUCAGACAUCACACCGCGCCCCUCUAUCGUGUCGGCGUCGACGUCGGCGGCACAAACACGGAUGCCGCCAUUCUCGACAUUACUUCAGUUGACACGCCGGACCGCGGUGUCCUGGCAUCGCACAAAGCAUCAACCACACCCGAUAUUUCGAGCGGCAUCGAGGCCGCCAUCCGUGCCAUUCUGCAAAAUUCGGCUGUCGAUCAGACCCGCGUGUUGAACGUCACCAUUGGCACAACCCACUUCAUCAAUGCGUUGGUUGAGGCUGAUGCACGAAGACUGAGCCGCGUCGCCGUUGUGCGUCUCUGUGGCGCGUUUACGAGACAGAUCCCACCAUUUUCUGACUUCCCCGCUGGUCUGAGGCGCGUGCUCGAUGGAGGUGCCCAUUAUCUCGAUGGCGGUCUCGAAAUUGACGGCCGUGAGAUUGCGCCGCUCGGCCAUGACCAGAUCAGGCAAGUCGCGAGAGACAUCCUCGCCAGCGGCGUCAGGUCGGUGGCUCUCGUUGGCAUCUUUGCACCGCUCGACCACGCCGGCGUCCACGAGGAGAUGUGCAAGAGGAUCCUGCUCGAAACGGCCCCCGAGCUCGAUGUUGUCUGCUCUCACGAUAUCGGCCCUCCUGGAUUUCUCGAACGAGAAAACGCCACGGUUCUGAACGCCGCCAUUCUGCGCACUGCGAGAAAAGUCACCUCUGGCUUCAAGGCCGCCAUGUCGCGGCUCAAUCUGGCGUGCCCCCUCUACCUGUCGCAGAACGACGGCACCCUGAUCGAUGCCGACGCCGCAGCUGAGUACCCCAUCAAGACCUUUGCCAGCGGUCCCACAAACAGCAUGACGGGCGCCGCCUUCCUGGCUGGCCUGGAUCAGACGCGAAUAUUGAACUCGGCCUCCAGUGGCGAGACUCCGGAAGACGACGUUGAGCCGCAGGUCCUGGUGGUCGAUAUCGGCGGCACAACAACGGACGUUUGUGCGCUUCUCCCCUCGGGCUUCCCCCGGCAGGCCCCCGGCUUUGUGGAAGUCGGUGGUGUGCGGACGGCUUUUUCCAUGCCCGAGGUUGUCUCCAUCGGGCUCGGCGGCGGCAGCAAAGUGCACGUCGGCUCUGAUCCGGCGACGGUGACGGUCGGCCCUGGCUCCGUGGGGCACUUUUUGAAGCAGCAGGCUCUCGCUUUUGGUGGUACGACGUUGACGACGACGGAUAUUGUGGUCGCAAUGGGCAAGGCCAAAUUUGGAGACCGCAGGCUCAUUGAGAAUGUGCCGAUAUCCACCAUUGAUGCAGCACGGCGCAAGAUCAAGAAGAUGAUUGAGGGUGUCGUCGAGCAGAUGAAGGUAUCCGCGGCCCCGGUACACAUUCUCCUGGUCGGCGGUGGUGCACUGCUAGUGACGGAGGAUCUAGACGGCGUGGCCAAGUGCAUUCAGCCUGUCCACCAAGGUGCGGCCAACGCUGUUGGUGCCGCCAUUGGCAAGAUUUCUGGCGAGGUCGACGUCAUUGAGAUCCUCCAAGACCGAGAUGAGAAGGAGGUCGUCGCCGCGGCGUGCCAGAAGGCCAUCGACCAAGCCAUCAGCAAAGGUGCUGCGGCUGACGACGUCAGCGUCGUCGAGAUCAACAAAAUUCCCCUGCAGUACGUAGAUAACGGCGCCAUGAGGAUCCAGAUUCGGGCUGUCGGCAAGCUUGCAGUCCCGAAGGAUGGAACGCUAGCCAACAGCGUCGUAUACGCUGCGUCAGAUGAAGAGGAAGAGGAGCAGACGGCCAAGGCGAACAUCUCCGAUGCCCUUGAGUCAACUUUCCGACCAUCCAUCAAGGUUGACUUGGAGACCUACCGGCCUGAAGUCCGUAAUGGCGCUUGGUACGUCUCGGAAGUCGACCUCGAACUGAUUGCGACGGGCUGCGGCGUUCUUGGCACUGGUGGCGGUGGCCCUACUCACCACGAGUUUCUGAAGAGUCUCGAUACAUUACGCAAGAGCGAACCUGGAAGGCUCCGGAUCAUCUCGCCCAAAUCCGUAAAAGAUGACGACCUCAUCUGUUUCGGCUCGUGGUAUGGAAGCCCAAGCGUCAUCAACGAGAGGAUUGCAUCAGGGGACGAGAUUCCGGCUGGAAUUGAUGCCCUCAUGAAGAUCUUGGGCAAGGAUAAGCCCGACGGCAUCUUCACCGACGAGAUGUGUGCCAUGUUCUUCCUCUUAGCAGUUUUGAACGUCCUAACAAGCAACCUAGCCACGCUGAGCGUUUACGGGCACCCACUGACCCCAUGCGCCCUCUCCGACGCUCGCGGCAACGUCAACAUUGUCAUGAACACUGAUACCCCUUUCCGCCUUGAAAAACUGCUCCGCACCGCCGCCAUCGAACUAGGUCUCGGCUGUGCCGUCGCCGCCCGACCCCUCCCCGGAUCCGCAAUCAAGGCUCACGGCGUCCCCAACACGCUCUCACAAGCCUGGUACCUCGGCCGUGCUGUUCAUCUCGCUCGCAGGAACAAAACGUCCUUCAUCGAUGCUAUUUUUGCACAGUGUGCCGGCAAGCUCCUCUUCACGGGCAAAAUCAUCGAUGUGCGACGUUUCGUAGGCGAUGGCUACACCAUGGGCAGCGUACUCAUUGCUCCGCUGGCCGAUGAAGAGCUUGACUCCUCUAAAGUAUCGUCGCUCGCCGGGCUGCAGGCCACCUCUGCUGUUCGAGACAGACACAUGCUCAUCCCAUUCCAGAACGAGUACCUCUACGCUGCCCUGACGGAUGGUACCGGCUCCGAAGAGGGGCGCAAGGUCAUCUGCACAGUGCCGGACCUGAUCUCCAUUCUUGGUCAAGACGGUGAAGCUAUCGGCUCUCAGGAUUUGCGAUACGGUUUGCGUGUUUCGGUCAUCGGACUGCCUGCUCACCCGCUGUGGAAGACGGAGAAGGCCAUGCCCAUUGGUGGUCCUGCUGCUUUCGGCCUAAAUAUGCCGUUUGUUGGGGCAGGAGAGUAUGGGAGUGCGAAGAGCGUAUUGGAAGAGUUUGAGAUUGUAUAG